UAAAACUACAUCAAUUUCUAACCUACCCUCAUAAUGGCAGGUACAUUAAGACCAGAUAGAGAGCUUCAAAGGUUCAAUACAGCUAAGGAAAAUGCUGGGAACUACUUCAGAUUCAAGCCUAAAUCGAUUAUUUUCAACGUGUUGAUGAUGGGAAUCGUGCCUUUUGGAUUGGCAUACUAUGCUUAUGGAAGUGAAGGUAAAGUGAACUUUUAUAGGAGAUUCAGAAAGGAGCCUGUGUUGUAUAAGGAAUACGUUCCCAGAGACAAGGAUUUGUAGUUCUAGACACGAACUUCCAAACAACAAGAACUUAUAAUUUAGAAAUUAGCAUACACAAUACACAUAUAACGAUACUGAAGCCUAAUAUAGGCAUAAUCUACC